AUGAGCCAAUUUCGUCGUAAUGGAUCCACUAAAACCGAUCCACCCAUGACCAUAUUUCGCUGUCAUGGAUGUGGAAAGAUCUUUAAGGCUCGCGCCAUGGUGUACAUUAUUCAAUCGUUAGCUUCUUCUAACAGUCUUGGAAGCUCACCAAACAACGAAACUUCUGCAGUUUUCCACAAUACACAACCUACCGAAAAUAGUAACACAAGCGACCAGGCACACGAUAUGCAGCCCUUAUUGGACAUGAUUAAACGCCUCUCAGCCGAUCUUGCAGCAUCCCGUGCAGAGGUAGCCAAUUUACGUCAACAAGUGACCCAACUUCAAGAACAAGCGACACAGCAAUCUAUGAAUAUGAACUAA